UCGUCCCCGCUAGAAGCCUCCCUGCCUUUUGUUUGUUUUUCUGCCGGAGGCUGGAGAGCGGCCGGGUUCCUGCUGCUCCACCAUGCGCCGCGCGGCCCGUGCGACUCGCCGGACCUCCCGGGCGUCCCUGCACGGACCGCUCGGCCCGUCCUAGCAGGGAUCGCCCCCAUCCCCAGUUCCCCUGCGGGCCGCUGCGCCCCAGUCGCCGAGGAGCUGCGCUCACCGCAGGGGCGGGCCCCCGCCUGGGUUCGCGGCGCCAGUGUAAUAUGACCUGUGCUAAAGUGCUGAUAACGAGUGGCUGCCCUCGUCGUUGCUAUGGAAGAUAAUGUCCCAGAGCCCAAGGCAGAAGACUGAUCUUUGAAAAUAUGUAUUUGGGAGAUAGUCACGUUCUAUUGAAUACCUUGUGCUGGUGCUGCCAUCGAAAAAUCUGGUUACACUCCGGGGAGGCCUGCCGCCUCUGCAGGACUGCACCGCCUCGGCCCUGAGAUGAGUGUCCGGCCUGAGCGGGCACACCAUGAAUAGAUACACAACGAUCAAGCAACUCGGGGAUGGAACCUACGGUUCCGUCCUACUGGGACGGAGCAUUGAGUCUGGGGAACUGAUUGCCAUUAAAAAAAUGAAAAGAAAGUUUUAUUCCUGGGAGGAAUGCAUGAACCUUCGGGAGGUUAAGUCUUUAAAGAAGCUCAACCAUGCCAAUGUAGUAAAAUUAAAAGAAGUUAUCAGGGAAAAUGAUCAUCUUUAUUUUAUCUUCGAGUACAUGAAGGAAAAUCUUUACCAGCUCAUUAAGGAAAGAAAUAAGUUGUUUCCUGAAUCUGCCAUAAGGAAUAUCAUGUACCAGAUAUUACAAGGACUCGCAUUUAUUCACAAACAUGGUUUCUUCCAUCGGGACUUAAAGCCUGAGAACCUCCUCUGCAUGGGCCCAGAACUUGUGAAAAUUGCAGACUUCGGGUUGGCCCGAGAAAUCCGAUCCAGACCCCCAUACACAGACUAUGUAUCUACCAGAUGGUACCGGGCUCCGGAAGUUCUCCUGAGGUCCACCAGCUACAGCUCCCCCAUUGACAUCUGGGCCGUGGGCUGCAUCAUGGCGGAAGUGUACACCCUCAGGCCACUCUUCCCCGGGGCCAGUGAAAUUGACACCAUCUUCAAAAUCUGCCAGCUGCUGGGGACACCCAAAAAGACCGACUGGCCUGAAGGCUACCAACUUUCAAGUGCAAUGAACUUCCGCUGGCCCCAGUGUGUACCCAAUAACUUAAAGACGCUGAUUCCAAAUGCUAGCAGUGAAGCCAUUCAGCUCCUGAGAGACAUGCUCCAGUGGGAUCCCAAGAAACGGCCAACAGCUAGUCAGGCGCUUCGAUAUCCCUACUUCCAGAUUGGGCAUCCACUGGGCAGCACCACACAGAGCCUUCAAGAUUCAGGAAAAGCACAGAAGGAUGUCCUGGAAAAGGCAGGCCCACCUCCUCACAUCAAGCCUGUCCCCCCCGCCCAGCCCCCAACCAAGCCACACCCACGGAUUUCCUCGAGACAGCAUCAAGCCAGCCAGCCCCCUCAGCAUCUCAUGUACCCCUACAAAGCAGAGGCAUCCAGGACAGAUCACCCAAACCAUCUUCCGGAGGACAAGCCAAGCCCGUUGCUCUUCCCAUCCCUCCAUACCAAGAAUGCUCAGUCGAAAAUGCUAGCUGGCCUGGAACACAAAAACGGGGAGAUCAAGCCCAAGAGUCGGAGAAGGUGGGGUCUUGUCUCCCGGGCGACAAAGGAUUGUGACGACUGGGCUGACUUGGAUGACUUGGAUUUCAGUCCGUCCCUCCCCAGGACUGACCUGAAAAACAAGAAGAGACAGAGCGAGGAGGCUCUCUGCAGAUUUGAGAGCGUUCUGGACCUGAAGCCCUCCGAGCCCAUCAGUACAGGCAGCAGCGCCCCUACCCAGACCUCCUAUCAGAGGCGAGACACACCAACCCUGAGGUCCGCGGCCAAGCAGCACUACCUGAAGCACUCGCGAUACCUGCCUGGAAUAAAUAUAAGAAACGGCAUACUUCCAAAUCCAGGCAAGGAUUUUGUUCCAUCUAAUCCGUGGUCGAGUUCUGGUUUGUCCGGAAAAUCUUCAGGAACAGUAUCAGUAAUCAGCAAAAUAAAUUCAGUUGGUUCCGGUUCUACGAGUUCUAGUGGACUGACUGGAAACUAUAUCCCGUCCUUCUUGAAAAAAGAAGUCGGUUCUGCUGUGCAGAGGGUACACUUGGCUCCUAUUCCAGACCCUUCUCCGGGCUAUUCUUCCCUGAAGGCCGUGAGACCUCAUCCCGGGCGACCUUUCUUCCACACCCAGCCUAGAAGCACUCCCGGGCUGAUGCCACGGCCUCCGGCUGCACAGCCGGUGCACGGCCGGACGGACUGGGUUUCCAAGUACGCGUCUCGGCGAUGACCAGCGAAGCUUCUGGGCGUGGGGGAAAGCAAGACACGCUUCCUCGGCCAUCUGUCUGCCAACAAGAAACUGGCGACGGUGUGAAAGCAAACAAACACUUUAUAGUUAUUCUUCUGAACUAAGACAUUUCAAUAUUCUUUUUAAGGUUUUUUUUUUUAAAUAUUGAUUUGAAUGCAAUACCCUUUUUUUGUACAAAAUUAUUUUAUUCUAAAACUGGGUCCCAUUAUUUUCUUAAGCAGCAGCAUUUUGUAUAUAUGGAUUAUGUUCUAGCAUUUUAUACAGUCAACUUUGUAACGAACUUUUUAAAAAUUAAUUGAUUUUCCUUUGGGGUUCCAGAUAAUAUUUUAUACAGAUUUUUUAAAAUGUAAUAAUAUUGAUGCAGUAUUGCAGCAGGGGUGCAAUUGGAGGCUACAUGAUAGAGGGUUACUGACUCACCGCGUGCAGAAAUUUGUGAAGUGGUUAAAUUUUAAAUGUGGCACACUGGUACAUCGGCUUUCUUGGACCAGCCUCAGCCCUAGAUAAAUGAUCUUCUGCUUUUCUCAAUAUCGGGUUAUUGGUUUGAUUCUGUGACACCACUGUGCUGUUCUAAAAAUACUAUUAUGCAAUGAAUUUCGCAGCUGAAAGAACUCCAAGUAAAUAGUUUUUGAAAUUUUUACAACCCUUUUUGGUGGUUGAGGAUAUGCAAGGUGGUUGGAGAGAUGGUUUUAUCAUGGUAGGCCAUCCCAUUCUAUUUUCUCCCAUUUUUUUAUGUUUCUUCCAUUUUUUAAAUCCAAUUGUAUAAGUACCCCCAAAAUGGAAGCUUUUCAAGCCAACGGGUCUUUCACUCAAAGGUCAACACAGUCCAUUAAACUUAUAUUCCUAUCAAGAUGCAUGACCAAAAAGCUAAGUUUCAAAGCAGCAGCAGAUUUUUUUAUUGUAAUAACUGAUCAACUCUUGCAUUUGGUCCAGUUCUCCAGGCCUGGCUAGGAACAGACAAUGAAGAAUCUUCUGUCCUAGCCACAUUCUCAGGGCACUUUGGGGAGCAGGAAGGAUUCAUGGCCGAGGUUCCACUGACCUGGGACAUCCCGGCUACCAUGAUGGUGGUGUCAGUAGCGUGCCACAUUUGAACUCGUAACCCUUGUGUAGUUUCUUCACACAGUGGGAACUCUAAUUUGUUGGACAGAGGCUAUUCCAUUGAGAGGAAUGUUUACAGCAAUUUUGAAAA